AAGUCUUUAAAUUGUCAUAUUUAUUGUUUUCACACCACCUUCAGUUCCAAAUAUAUCUCUCCCUAUAGCCCUCCCCAGGCAACUCACAACAACAAAUAAAAAAUAGAAGAAAAAAAGUCAAGCAAAUCUAACCAAGAGUAACCAAGUCUGACAAUGUACGCAAGAGUCACACCCAUAGUCCCUCCCCUCAGGUCUACAAAGGGGAGAGGGAGGGACAUUUAAAUAAAUAUUUUAAUCUCAAUUGUUAUAUGUAGCCUGAAGGCAAAAACUGGAUAAAUGCGAGUUAUGAAUGCCUGUCUUCUUCUAGGGAAUUUGGGGGGCAAAAUAGUGAUUCCCCAAAUCUGGAAAAAUACCUAAAAGAAGGUUAUUUGAUGUCAUCUGAGGGAUAUUCAGUACCUCACACUGCUCUUGAAAAGAAAGUAGAUGGCCUUUCUCUUUAUCGAUCCGGAACCCAGGAUCUUUUAAGUCUGGGAGACAAGAAGAAUGACAGGCAGCCCUUCCCACAGGCCUCCUCUCUCCUCUCCCUUAGACUCUGAGGACGCACCUUUUCCUUCUCCCUUCGGAGCCUGAUUAGUGGCUGCUAUCGCUAUCACACCAUUAAUAAGCCCAUGGGUGACAUUAAUUGCCAUCAGGUACUAGGAGCCUAAUGAGAAUAAUCUUCCUUGAAGGCUCUAGCACCUUCCAUUCCCAGAGAAAGGAAUCUCUGCCAACUCGCGGAGCUGAGGACGCACACUGUCUCCUCUCCAGACAGAUGGGUGAGGUAGGGAAGGGGGUGGGGAAGGGCUCUCUCUCUUCCAGGCUCUGGGGCCCAGCAGAAGCGGAUGAGAAGGCAGCAGCAGCAGCAGCAACAGGAGCAGCGUGAAGGGCUUCUGACAAAAACAGCCAAAUUGCACUUUUCACAGCAUAAAUGGUAUAACCUUUUCUGAAUCUAACUGGAGGCAAGUGGAGAAGACUGAGAAGGAGAAAGCCUCGAGUUGUGACUGCUUUGAUGUCAUGCUCUGCCCCGUGGCCCCCAGUCCACACUCAAGCUAUAGUAGGGAUAGAUAUGGAAAGGGGUGACCCCAGCAUUCGUCCUUUGGCUCCAGGAUCCCAGGGCUCCCUUUCACGUCAACCCCCCUGGCCAGAGUCAGGUUCCAGGGAUUUGGAGGCGGGGACACCAGGGAAUAUAAGAUCCCUUCUCGAAUGGACCAGUACAUAUGUAAAAAUUUCAUUUGAAAAAACAAGUCAUUGUCCAAAUAUCCGGUUGACUUGUAAUCUUAUCUCCAUGCAGAUCACACAAGACUGUAAAUGAUCGUGCCCAGUUUGAGGAGGAAGGCCCGUUCCCGGGUCUCCUCCUCCUCCAGCAGGCUUAUUCUGGAGACUCUCCCAAGGGGAAGGGGCACAGCGAGCAUAAAGGUACACUUUGUUCUAUCACUGGAGUUCAGCUGAGGGCCCCUUUAACAGAAGAACCAACCUGUAGGCUGAAGAUACUCCUCUCUCUUCCUCACCCCUAACCCCUCCCUCUGGGUCCCUCAGGGCCUCAGAACGCCUCAGUUAUUCCAAGCAAAACAUAGGUUCCAGAUGAGCCUGCGUCCCCACUCCUGCCUCAAUGGCUGUGGGUGCAUGUCCGGAAGCUCCUAAAUAACCGCAAGCUCUGUGCGUCCCUGCCCCCUCCAGUUCCCGCUCCCCGGGAGGCAAGGGGGGGCUGCUGGGAAGCCCAGGAUAAUGUGCCUGACACUUGACAGUCCCCAAGGUCCCCCUCCCUUCCUCCACCCAUACAAUGCAAACCCUCCGCUCCCGGGAUGGGGUGGGGGGAUAAGGAGAGAGAGCGCACAACGACCGCCCCGCGUCUCUAGGAGAGAAAAAGGCUGCAAAUUCCAACGGUGCGGCUCCCUCUCUGCCUCCCUCCCGCACCGGGCGGGGCGGGAGCAUCUUUUACCAAGGCGCUUGCAUCCUCUCGCCCGCGCUGGAGAAGAGAAGCCGCCACCUGUCAGCCCCACUCAAACCCGAAUGCUAACCUGCCUGGGGAAAGGGGGGAAGGGUGGGAAGGAAACUCGAACCCAGACCGGAAUUCAAUCUACAGAAAGAGCAAGAGAGGCUCAGGAGCAACUGCCCUGAGCUGUGUGUGUGUGUUGGGGAUAGGUGGGGGGCAGGGAUGGGGGGCGGUGCACGCCUCCAGGCUGGGAAUGCGGAAUGGACACGUGGAGGGGGGAGGGGGCGCAGGGGGGGGGAGAAGACUGGGGGUCUCCAGCGGGCGCGAGCUCGGGGCGGCGCGCUUCUUGGCCACGUGAUCGGGGGAAAUCUGGGAGGGCAGGGGAGGGGAGGAGGGAGGCGCGCUAGGCUCCGCUAUUGCCGCCGCCGCUGCCACUGAUGCUGUUGCUGCCGCUGCCGUCGCCGCUGCUGCUGCUGCUGCUCCGAGUGGUGCUGAAUCCCGGCCUGGGAGGAGGACUCGAGUGAGUGGGUGCGUGUGUCUCUCUUUAGUCUACGGCGGAGCAGCAGUCGGCGCUAACGCGGAGGAAGAAGCUGCUCAGUGCAACUGUGGUUGCCCCCCCCCGCCCCCCGCCAAUCCCUUUCUCAGAUUCCUACCCCCCUCCCUUCCUGGGGCAGCAACCCCCACCCCUGGCACCUCCUCUCGUCUUUGCAAUGUAUGCACCAGCUGCUGCCUUCUCGGCCCCGGGCAGGGGCAGUGCAGGAUGCUCCGGCCACUAACGUGGCUCCCUCGACUCCCAGACUGCAUCCAGCCGGGCUUGGCACUGGGGUCCGCUCUCGGAAAUUGACUCAAAGCAGAUCGGGAGUGACUGACAGCCCCACAGUUGGCUGCACCCGGAGGGGGAGUCUGCAAAGAGAAAUUGUACGGGUGUCGGGGGCGGGGAGGGGAGAAGUGUGUGGGGGUAGGAGAGGUUAGGCUAUACGGGGUGGGAAGUGGGGUGAAUGGGGUGCUUAUUGGAGUGAAGGAGAUACCUGAGACUUAUCCCUGGAAAAGUUCAAGGUUUGUGUAUUUUCCCCGAGAAAGCAUUUUCUCUUGGCAAGGGGGGAAAAAGAAAGGGAAAAGCGUGGCCCACUUAUCUCUCCCCUAAGGGGAUGUGACAGCAAGAAAGAAGUGGUGUGGGCAACUGGAAAGCACCCCCUAGUUUGGUGACAGCCCCCCUCCCAUCCUGCACCGCCUAAAACCCAGGACGGUAGAGUCUCUGCCUAGGAGAAUAAGGGUUCGGACCCAAGCAAGGAGGCUUGUCUCUUCCCCGACUUUCCCCAUUCUUGGGCAUCAUCUCAAUGGCAGACUCUGUCCCAGCCCAGCCGGACUCGACUCUGCUGCCGGAGCCCAGCCGCUGUCCGGGGAGGUGGCGCUAAAGCCGGACUGCUCGGAGCCAGCCGGAGCCCUGGCGGAUGCUCUGGGGAGAGCUGGAGCUGGGAGGAGGAGGAGGCGAAGGAGGAGGAGGUGGUGGAGGAGGAGGAGGAGAGAGAGAGGGAGAGAGAGCGCGAGGAAAACAAGGAGAAGAAACUCUGCCCCCUUGCCUAAGUGCAUUCCGCCCGGGCGCUCCGGAGAGUGUGGGGGUGGGGUGGGAGUCGCCUCCGCGUCGCCUGCGUGAGCUUCUGCACCGAAACUUUUCAUUCUCCGGAUGGAUUAAAGUUACCUGGAUUUGUUUUUAAUAUCAUUAUCAAUUUUGAUUCGUGUGCACCCGACGUAGGAUUUUCUACUGGGGCCGCAGGUCGACAAAAUCCAGACAGGACAACUCAGCCCGCCUAGAAUCCUACAGAAACCUUCGAAAUCGUACCUAGAAUUGGAAAUGGACGUCCUCGACCGAUUUCGGAUCUAAUCGGGACCCGGAGGGGGGCCGAGAGAAGGGGCGGGAGUAGGGGGUGGACCCAAAGCUCUGAUCUCCAGAGCCCGAGGCCGCAGGUCCCUCUCCAAGAUUGCACGCGCUGCUCUGUUCUCCCCGGCUUCCGAGAACCUGCUGGGGCUCCCUCUAAGGGGGAGGUGGGUGGAAGUGCUCUCCCGCCCAAUCCUGAAUCCACCUCCCCUGGGCCCCAGGUGGGGAGAGGGAUCCCAGCCCUCGGGGGUGGGGGGGGGGGAGUCUCGAUGCUGUCUGUAGCUGGAACCGGGCUGGCCCUCUAAGGAGGUGGGGACUGUAAGGAGCUUGAGUCCCGUACCCCCCCCCCCACACACACAGAGACACCAAGUGGUUCCCGAUUCUCUGUGCCCCCCCCCCCCCCUCACACGCAGAGGUGACAAUUCUGCCUGCUAGAGGUUGGGUUUGACCGGCCCCUAGACUACGUCCCCUCCAUCCCCAGCCCAGGGCGAAGGAACGGAUCACCAGCUCUCUCCCUCUAGCUUCCCGGCCUCUGCCAUGGCCCCCGGGAUGCCGGGCCGCGGCCCCGCCGCCCUCCUCUGCUGCUGCCUCUCCACGCUGCUCGCCCACGCGUCUGGCCGCACCUCCCACCUGGCCACGCCGAUGCCCCCCGAGGCUCCUGCUGCGCCAGUGCUGCCCGUCAGUUACCGCCUGUCCCACACCCGCCUGGCCUUCUUCCUUCGAGAGGUGCAGCCGCCGCCCCCUCCCACGGCCAACAGCAGCGGCGGGGGCCCCCUGCAGCGCUCGGAACCCUUCGUGGUCUUCCAGACGAAGGAGCUGCCCAUCCUUAACGUGUCCCUGGGGCCCUUCAGCACCAGCCAGGUCCUGGCCCGGGAGCUCCUGCAGCCCGCCAGCACCCUGGACAUCCCCGAGCGUCUGACCGUCAACUGGAAGGUUCGGGCCUUCAUCGUGCACUCUCGCGUGCCCGCCUCGCAGCCCGUGGCUCAGGUCUUGUUCUACGUGGCCGGCCGGGACUGGGACGACUUCGGGGCCACCGAGAGGCUGCCUUGUGUCCGCCUCCACGCCUUCCGCAAUGCCCACGAGGUCAAGAGCUCCUGCCGCCUGAGUGGAGGACUGGCCACCUGCCUGGUCCGGGCCGAGCUGCCCCUGGCCUGGUUCGGACCGCCUGCUCCGGCGGCACCGCCCCCUGCCCGCCGCAAGCCCCCAGAAGGCCUGGAGCCGGAGCCCGGUGGGGAAAGCCAGCAAGCUGAGCUCUAUUAUAGACUCCACGCUCCCGAUGCCAGUGGGGGCUGUGGCGGAGAGGGGCCCCGCCGGGGCGGGGGAGGAGCCCGGGCGGAGGGCCCCACCCAGUACCCGCUCCUACGGAUAGGCAGCAUCAGUCUUUACCGCCCACCGCCCCGGCGGGCACUCCAAGAACACCGACUGGACGGCAACCUAGUCAUCCGCCUCCCAGACCGUCCCCUGAAACCUGGAGAGGUGUUAAGCAUACUCCUCUAUCUGGCACCCAACUCCUCCUCCUCCUCCAACCCCAGCGUGGAACAUUUCACCCUCAGGGUGAAGGCCAAGAAGGGAGUAACCCUACUGGGCACCAAGGCCCGAAAUGGCCAAUGGCAGGUGACUUCAGAGCUGCUCACUGGGGGAAAGCACUCAACUGCCACCGUGGAUGUAUCCAGGACUCCAAGUACCCCCUUGCUCCCCAGGGAGGGGGAGGGACCCCUGGAGAUCCUGCAGCUGGAUUUUGAGAUGGAGAACUUCACCAGCCAGUCCGUGAAGCGGAGGAUCAUGUGGCAUAUCGACUACCGAGGCAGGAGCCCCUUGCCUGACCUGGAGAGGGCAGUGACUGAGCUGACUGUCAUUCAGAGGGAUGUGCAGGCUAUUCUGCCCCUGGCUAUGGACACGGAGAUCAUCAACACAGCUAUCUUGACUGGCCGGACAGUGGCUAUACCAGUCAAGGUCAUCGCUAUUGAGGUGACAGGCCUUGUUCUGGAUGUUUCAGCUUUGGUGGAGUGUGAGUCCAACAAUGAAGACAUCAUCAAGGUGUCCAGCAGCUGUGACUAUGUGUUUGUGAGCGGGAAGGAGUCGAGGGGCUCCAUGAAUGCUCGGGUGACCUUCCGAUAUGACAUCUUGAGUGCCCCCCUGGAGAUGACGGUCUGGGUUCCCAAGUUGCCCUUACACAUUGAACUCUCUGAUGCCCGACUCAGCCAAGUGAAGGGCUGGAGGGUUCCCAUUCUACCAGACAGAAGGUCAGCUCGAGAAAGUGAGGAUGAGGAGGAGGAAGAGGAAGAGAGGCGACAGAACCGGGGCUGUACUCUGCAGUACCAACAUUCCACCCUCCAGGUCUUCACUCAGUUCCACACAACAUCCUCUGAGGGCACUGAUCAAGUGGUCACCAUGCUGGGCCCUGACUGGCUGGUGGAGGUGACCGACCUGGUCAGUGACUUCAUGAGGGUGGGUGACCCCCGUGUGGCCCAGCUGGUGGACAGUAGCACUUUGGCUGGCCUUGAGCCUGGGACUACCCCAUUUAAGGUUGUGUCCCCACUGACUGAGGCUAUCCUGGGGGAGACCAUGGUGACAGUGACAGAGGAGAAGGUCAGCAUCACAGAGCUCCGAGGCCAGGUGGUAGCCAGCCUAUCCCUCUCUCUCCGCCCCAGUCCUGGGAAUAGUCACACCAUCUUGGCUACUACAGCAGCCCAGCAGACCCUCAACUUCCUCAAGCAGGAAGCCCUCCUGAGCCUCUGGCUGUCCUACAGCGAUGGCACCACAGCUCCACUCUCCCUAUACAGCCCCAGAGACUACGCACUGCUGGUCAGCAGCCGGGAUGAGCGGGUGGCCACGGUGACCCAGGACCGGGCCUUCCCCCUUGUGGUGGCCGAGGCUGAGGGGGAAGGUCUUCUGCUCCAGGCUGAUCUCACCAUCGCAGAGAGCUGUCAGAAGUCCAAGAGGAAGAGCAUCCUGGCCACAGCGGCCGUGGGGCUUCGGGUCCACUUUGGGAAUGAGGAAGAGGACCCCACCUAUGACUACCCGGGCCCAAGCCAGCCUGGCCCAGGUGGGGGCGGUGGGGAUGGUGAUGAUGAGGUGGUGGGGGCCGGCCACUUGGGCACUGCUUUCCCUCAGGGGCCUCCCACGCCAGGCACUGCUGGCCUGGCCCAGACAACCACCGAUGAUUUCCCGCCGGCACCCACUGGCUUCACCCAGAUGCCCCGGGGGCUGACCGACCUGGAGAUCGGGAUGUACGCCUUACUCGGGGUCUUCUGCCUGGCCAUUCUCGUCUUCCUCAUCAACUGUAUUGUCUUUGUACUGCGGUACCGACACAAGCGGAUCCCCCCCGAGGGCCAGACCAGCAUGGACCAUUCCCAUCACUGGGUCUUCCUGGGGAACGGGCAGCCCUUGAGAGCCCAGGGUGAGCUCUCCCCUCCUGCCGGCAACCCUCUGGAGGCCGUGCCAGCCUGCUGCCACGGCGACCACCACAGCAGCGGCAGCUCCCAGACCAGCGUCCAGAGUCAAGUUCACGGGCGAGGGGAUGGCAGCUCAGGGGGCUCGGCCCGGGACCAGGCUGAGGACCCGGCCAGCUCACCCACGUCCAAACGCAAGCGGGUCAAGUUCACCACGUUCACCACGAUGCCCUCCGAGGAGCUGGCCUAUGACUCAGUGCCCGCUGGGGAGGAGGAGGAGGAGGAGGACCUGAGGUGGGGCUGCCCAGAUGUGGCGGGGGGCACACUGGCUGCUCCUCAGGACCUGCACAACUACAUCCGCAGAAUCAAAGAGAUUGCCUAGAGGCGUGAAAGCCCUCCCGUGAGACCCUGAGCCUCCACCCUGGCCCCACUCAGCUGCUUUUCCGGGACGAGUCUGCCUCCACCUCCCGGGCUUAUUCUGGGCCUUGUUGGAUUGGGUUUUAUAAAUCCUAACCUUCUCCCCACCGCCUAACCUUGGGUUAGGCCUGGGCAGGGCUGCUUCUGAGGCCUUGUCCUGCAUCUCUCCUCCCUUCGUCGUUGGUUCUCCCUCUGGGGGGACCAGCCCAGUAGGAAGGGAUUGGAGGAGAGACCCUAUUUUCUCUCUUUCCGCGUCUCCACUGCCCUCUACAAUCUGCCACUUCCAUAACUCCCUUCCCAGAGAGUGAGAAGAGGCCCCCGGCAAGUGUGUAGACAAGAGAGACAAAAAAAGAAGUUGGGAGAAGAAGAAAGAAGCAUGGGCUUUGCCCCAUAUGCCCCUCCCAAGCUUUGUCUGACCCUCUGGUUAUCCCUUCCUUGGGGUCUGCUUCCCUCUCCUCCCCUGCCCCCCAUUUCUCCUCUUUCCCUCCCCCCAAGCUGCACAAUGACUUUUCUCAAACCUACAUUCAGGGAUUUCUGUCCUGAGGAUGGGGAUGAGGGGACUCCCCCCAGCCCUCCUGAGGGAUGGAGCUGCAGAGCUGAAGGAUUGGGCUGGGUUGGGAAAUGAUGCUCUGUGACCCUCUGGGAGGCUGGGAAUCUCCUCGGGUGACUCGUGAGAGUCCUUUGGUCACCAGCUCAACAGAAAGGGUUCAAGCCACCCUUCCCUCCCAUCUCCUCCCCUGAGGGAUUGCUAAUGGGUCCUCUCCUAAUGCCUCCUUCUGUGGAGUAGGGUAGGGUAGGGAGAUAGUGGGGAGCACAUGUCUACUCCGUCCACAACCAUUCCCCUGCACCCCCAAAAAUCUAUUGCCCAGAGAGGGGGUACUGCUAGUGAGACUAUACCAGAAAGGGUUAAGGAAGGGGUAAGAAGGCAGAGAAGGGAGAAGAGGGGGAGCUCCAUCUGCCCAUGCUCUCGUGGCUUCCCCACAAUGUCUCACCCCUGUCCCCCGACCCAAGGGCGCUGCCCUGCAAUUCCCAGUUAGGUGGGAAUUCUUCUAACCUUGUGAUUUCCUCAGCGAGGUCUUCACCACGCCUUAGCCACUUGUCAUGGGUUCGCCAGCUCUUUAUCCCCUUUCUGGGUGGCCAGGGUGGGAGAGAGGGAGAGGGAGGCGCUCGGAGAGGCGGCCUUUCCUCCCCUCUGCCAACACAGACCCCCAUGGGGUGGGUCCCAGGGCACCGGGAGACUUCUUGUCUUCUAGGGUGGGAGCUGAGGGCACCAGCAUCACCGCCACUGCCCUGGGAUAGCUGGAUUGGACAAUGUGACUUCUCAGAUGUGAUUUCUCCAUUUGGGUUUUUGCCCACCACUGUGUCUGAUUUUUCUUAAAUAAAUAAACAGAAGAGACCAGGACAGGGCGGGAGCAGAGGGACCUGGAGAACAGA